CCAUGUGUAUGUAUACAUGCUUUUGCAAUGUGAGAAUCUUUCAUACAAAUAUGAGUCAUAUUGAAAAGAAGUACGAGAUUUUGUUGUCUUGUCUGAUGUGUUUUCUCUUAUGCCCUGUUUCUAAAGUUGCCCAUGUCUUGUUUUCACACCGAAACCAACUAGUCAAAAACAAAAGGUGUGAACGUUUCUUCAUUUGGUACAUCAGCCAUUCUUUUUUUACUUUCUCAACUACUCUUCAAACUUUCCAUCAUAGGAUUUGCUUUUUCUCUUCGUUAUCUUCCUUGUUUGGUUUUAGUCUGUCUUUGGUAUUGCAAUCGUUGUUUAAACGACAGACAUUGCGACUAAUAUAUCAAGCAAUCUUCUAGAUAGAUUGAGUCCAUGAACGGAGACCUCUUUAAACCUGCAAAAGAUCCAUACCGUAGCAGCCCGAAGUACAACGAAAGAUAGAGAGAGUGGACACAUAGCAGAACAGGAAUGGAAAAGGUAGGUGAAGAGACCAUUGAAGAACCAAACAACUCAAUUGACGAGACGAGGAGUGAAGAGGAAGAUGAAAGGAUAAGAGGUAUAAUUGCUGAUCGGGUUGAUCCAGUAGAUUCCACAGAAGAAGGCACUACGGGUCCAUCCAACUCACACACUAUAGUCUCCAAAGAUCAUGAUUUUAGUGAAUCUGAUAUGGAGGACGAAGAGCAGGUUCUCGAUUUUUUCAGACGUAGUAGUGGUUUGCUACCUGAGGUCGCCAAGAGAAACAACUUCCCUUAUCUUAACAAAUCCGAAGGAAUGGUACUUCAGUUCCAAGAAGGCACUCCUGCAGAAACAGAACAAACAAAUGUAAUGUUCCACAGUUUGAAUGAUAGCAACGAGAUUGCCGAUCUAAGUGCUGUAAACCUGAAUUCACCUGAUACACUUGAAGGAAUCAAGUCAUCAUCAGCUUCAGAUGAGGAUACCGAGGAGUCAUCUAGUAACUCAGACCUUGAUUCUAGCCUUUCCAGGUAUUAUUUUGACGGAUCCUUACCGGUUUCAGCUCAUGUCGAAGAAUUUGAAACCCAUCAAGAUGAAUCCCCUGUACCUAAACAUGAAAACCAGAUGCCUCUGUUGUGCCUCAAGCAACCCGUGCUGCAACCAACAUCAUGGAGAAAUUGCUGUGGACUCCUCGAGCUUCUCUGGGCUGCUGAUCCAUAAAAUUCAGGUACGAAGAAAAUCGACUUCCAAUGAAUGGACCGUAGCAUGAUUGCAUGAAGGAAUAAAAGCAUAAGCACAACACCCAGAGGCCAGAGCCAAAUAUUCAUAGAAAAUAGACGUGACAAGUUGUUCUAGUAA